CAUUGAAGUUGUACCUGAAAGUACAAGUAAGAUAAGCACAGUUGGGUGGUGGAGAACUUCGGUGAUUCCGCCGGAGUUCUUUUACUGCCAUGCUCAUCCAUCUGUCGUCGCCUACACUGUCAUCAUCUGUUCGGAUUCUCACUUUCACUCCUUCACUUCGUUACAGUUUCAUAAAUCAGCCGUUACAGACUUACAGAACUGCAAUUCCAUCCACCCCCACCAGAGUUGUUCAAAUGGGUCACGAAAAAUCACAACUGGUUUCGCAGAAAUCGCACGCUAUUUCUAAUUUCAGAUUGUGCAAUGUUUCUGGUAGGAAGACUGAAUUGGUGGAGAUUCAUGCCACAAAUCCCAGAUUUCAUGUUCUAUUUAUUCCUGGAAAUCCAGGUGUUGUUUCAUUUUACACUGAUUUUUUGGAGUCACUUUAUGAGCAAAUGGGAGAAACUGCUUCCAUAACAGGAAUUGGGUAUAUAUCACACUCAGAAAAGGAUUGGGAGGAUGGAAGGUUGUUUGGGCUAAAGGAACAAAUUGAUCAUAAGAUAAAUUUCAUCCAACAAGAACUACAAACUAUUGAAGUCCCUCUUAUACUGGUUGGGCACUCUAUAGGGUCGUUUAUGUCAUUGGAUAUAUAUAAAAGAAUUCCCGAAAAGGUUGCAUAUAUUUUUGCCCUUUAUCCAUUUUUAGCAGUGGACACAAAGUCACAACAACAGUCAAUUAUAAAGAAAAUUUCAAGGUCCCAACUUACAUCUAAUGUGAUAAGUGCUAUUGUGGCAUUAUUCGGGUUUCUACCAAUUUGGGCAUCAAGAUUUAUUGCAAAAAUCUCAUUGGGAAAAUCAUGGUCAACAACUGCUCUUGAUGCUCUUUGUACACGUGUUCUUAAGUAUCAUACGAUGCGAAAUGUACUUUAUUUGACCAUGACCGAAUUCGAAGAGCUUAUAAAGGCACCCGAUUGGGAAUUCAUGAGAGAAAAAAGAAAUCGGAUUGCAUUCUUGUAUGGUGAUGAUGAUCAUUGGGCUCCAUUGCACAUGCAUGAUGAGGUCGUGAAGCAGGUCCCGAAUGCGAUUAUAGAAGUAGAAAAAGAAGAAAACCCUAAUUUGAACAGGAACCAUGGAAUUCCCAUUUCCAUCAUUAACAAGUUGUACGCUAUGCAUAAGAAGUUGUACGUCUUCGAGAUUCAAGAAUAGGUGUAAAGUUUGCAUCUUUAUUUGAAAACAUUUGUGGGUAUGAAGUAUGUAUUAAUUUGGAUUCAGAAUUUGGUAGAAAUAUAUAUGAUGAUGACUAUUGAAUGACCAUGCUAACAAGUUGUAUCAUAUGCAUAAGAAGUUGUACAUCUUCAAGAUUCAAGAAAAGGUCCAAAGUUUGCAU